AUGGCUGAAGGGAACUACAUUGAUCAUUCAGAUCCAGAUGUGAAUCAAGCGAAAGAGUUUAUUACUUUCCAUAAGUGUGUCCUUCACAAGUACGUCCGUGGCAAAUGUCUCAAACACAAAGUCAUUGGUCGUAAAAGAUUCUGUGACAAGUAUGCCAUUGUUGGAAAAUAUCCUUGUUUAAAGCAUAAGAGAUUCUCCAAGUGUGACAAGUACAGCAAACCAUUCACCAAAUGUGUGAAACACAGAUUUAGAAAAUUCUGUGCCAAACAUCAAACAAAGAAGGUUUGCGAUUCUUAUGGAUUCCGUAAAUUCUGCAAGAAAUUUGGAAAGAAGAGAUUCUGUUCCAAACAUAGAAAGUUCAAGAAAUGUGUUGUUUGGGGUAAGAAGACCACUUGUAAGAAGUUCAAGAAAUUCCCAAUUAAGAAAUGUUUAAAGAAGAAGAGAUGUGACAAGAAUGUCGAUUCCUACGCUCCAAGAAAAUGCAGAAUUAUUCGUAAAUGUCGUGUGGUUGGUCACAAGAAGAAAUGUAUCAAACAUCGAACUAGUCGAUUCUGUAAAAAGCAUAGACAUUUCACCAAGUGUGUCAGUGCAAAAUUCGCAAAAAGACGUUUCUGUAAGAAUCACAAGAUUGUGAAGAGAUGUUGUCUUUUCAAGAAGAGAAAAUUCUGUGCCAGAAAGAAGAGAUUCCCUUCUAAAUGCAUUCACAGAAAGCAUUUCAAGAGAUGUAUCAAGAGAUCGAAAGGAAGAAAAAUUUGUAAGAAAUUCAAAUUCACCAAAGGACGAAGAGUAUGCAAGAAGUUUGCAAGAAAGAAAGUCUGUGCCAAGAGAAGAAAUAUUUGUAAGAGAAAGCACAGAAAAGUAGAUUCUUACAAUUAA